AUGGAUGUUGAUACAAAUGUAUCCCAAUCUAAUCACAAUCGAGGAUCUCGAGUUUGGGAUUAUAUGUCAAAAGAAAAAGAAGAAAAAGCUCGAUGCUUUAAAUGCAAGGCGCUGCUUAGUCGACAAAAUGGUGCUACAAGUGGUUUACGAAAACAUUUAUUUCAAGUACACAAAAUAGAAGCUUUUCGUACUGUUACUGGAAAUUUACAAACAAAUUCAGAUGAGAUCUCAACUGAAGAAAAAAAGAAAAUCGAUUCUUUAGUAAUUAAUUGUAUCAUUCGUGAUGGCCGUAGUUUUGAUGAUAUGCGACGACCAGGUAUUUUGAAAUUAAUCAAUCAUUUGGUACCCACUUAUACACCUCCUCAUCGUAAUACAGUACAAACACGAUUGAAGCGUUUACAUUGUGAUAAAAAAUCAAUUCUUAUCAAACAAUUAUCUAAAAUCAAUUCUAUUGGAGUUACGUGCGAUUUUUGGAGUGACAAGCGACUUUAUUCAUAUCUAUGUUUAACUGGUCAUUACAUAACAUCAAGUAAUAAAUUUCUUUCUAAAGUUCUUGCCUUCUCUUGGUUUCACCAUCGUCACACUUCUGCUAAUAUCUGUACGAUUAUCAAAAAAGAACUUAAAGAAUUGAAUAUAUUGGAAAAAACUCGUUCAAUAACAACUGAUGGUGCUGCAAAUAUGUUGAAGAUAGGUGGAUCACUUACCAACGAUUCAAAACAAAUUUGGUGUGUGGCCCAUCGACUUCAUCUGGUGGUAUGCAACGGUCUUGGUCUAUGGAUUCGUAAAAAGCCAGCAUCAUCAUCAUCAACAAGUAUUUCUACUACCACCAGCACAACAGCAACUUCGAAUUUAGAUCCGAACGAUAUCGAUUCCGAUGAAGAAGAUUAUACCGACGAUGUACAAGUUAAUUUACAAUUACCAGUUGAUAAUUCAUCAAAUUUAAAUCCAACAUCUGAUGAAUCAUUUGAUGAAUCUAAUAAUUUGUUAAAUAACAACUCUAAUUCGAAUGUUGUUUUAAAUAAGAAUUUUGUUGAUGAAGAACAAAAUGGUUUAUUUAUUGAUUAUAUUGAUAAUUGGUCAAUUGAUGUUAUUGAAGAACUGGAUCCUGUUAUUGGAGAAUUAAUUCAACAAAAUAUUGGAAUUUUAAUGAAAAAAUGUAGAUCAAUGGUCAAACUUAUGAAUAAAUCCUCAAUUUUAAUGAAUUAUAUAUCAAAUUUAAAGAAAGAAUUUGGUAUUAAUCUUUCACUUCAAAUGGAUUGUAAAAGUCGGUGGAGUUCAACUCAACAUUUAGUUGAAGUUAUGAUUAUAUACAAAAGAAUUAUUAACAAAAUAAAUAGUGAAAAACAUGAUAUUGGUUUAAAUACAAAACAAACAAAUAAAAUUUCUUCAAUUGAAUUAAAUCAAUCGGACUCGAAGAUGCUCGAGAUAUUGAAAGUUGUUUUAACACCAUUUGUACAAGUAACUAAUCUCAUUAGUGGUAGUCAAUAUCCUACAAUUGGUAUUCACUGA